GCACCACUGUUGUGCGAAAAUUUCAAAUGUCAUCAAAUUGCGCGGGCGCUUUGCUUCAAUAAAAGUAGAAUAAAACAAAAUACUUGGCGUCAUUUUUCGCAUGAAAAAAUUUUUACAGAUUAGUGUGUAUUGAUCUAAUAAAAUUUUGGUGAGAAUGUCGUCGAAGAAGUUAAAUAAAAGUGGCAGUGCAGGUUCAGGUGGUAGCGGUACGCCCAGCAAUACGCUGUUCAAAUAUUUUGCACGAUCGCCGGCCACAGCAGAAAAGAAGAAAAUUCCCAGGACACCCAGUGUGGAAGAAACCAAGAAGUUCGAAAAGGAUGUGGAAAAGGAGAACUUGGGGAAUAGGCACAGUCUAGGUGAUGAAGAACCUUCAGCUAAACGAAAACUAGAAAAAGAACUCAAGCAGACGCAAAUGGAUGUUGAUGAAGACACAGAGGAUGAGGAUAUUACCAUUAAACGGUCGCAGAAGAAGAGGCAACGCAUAAUAGAUUCCGAUGAUGAAGAGGAGGUUAAGUCAAAAGGAAAAACAAGCAGUUUUAUGGAAAAGCUAGCUUCAUUGCAAGCCUCGGCUACUAUAACAGACGCAAAAACGGCUGCGAAAAAUGAUGCUAAAUAUGAGAAGAUUGUAUGCACCACAUCCACAUUGGACGAACCAGUGGUAUGGCCACAUCAGAAGCUGGACUUUUUACAGCCCGAUAAGAUAAAAGAUAAGCAGGGCAGGCGCCCGGAUCAUCCAGACUAUGACCCUACAACAUUGCAUGUACCCGAAAAGUACUUGAAUUCGCUAUCGCCGGGUGUACGCCAAUGGUGGGUGUUAAAAUCGGACAACUUUGAUUGCGUGCUCUUCUUUAAAGUAGGUAAAUUUUAUGAAUUAUACCACAUGGAUGCAGAAAUCGGCGUACAGGAGCUGGGGUUUGUUUACAUGCGCGGCGAAUUUGCGCAUGCCGGUUCGCCUGAAGUGAGCUUCGACAAAAUGUCUAGCGUACUGGUUGAUCGCGGCUACAAGGUGGCGCGAGUUGAGCAAACUGAAACCACCGAAAUGAUGAGCGAGCGCUGUAAAAAAAUUAAGCCUACGAAGUUCGAUAAGGUUGUGCGGCGCGAGAUUUGUCAGAUAUCUAAUCGUGGCACGCAAGUAUUUGGCACACAAUGUCAGAUAACGCCACAUUACCAACCAAAUUACAUGCUGGCUGUUGUUGAAAAGAAUGAAACGAGCUGCAGUAAAUAUGGUGUUUGCUAUGUCGACACUUCAAUCGGGGAUUUUUAUAUUGGCGAGUUCGAGGAUGACAAAAAUGGUUCGCGCUUGUUAACUUUGCUUUCGCAUCAUAUGCCAGUUUUGCUACUCUAUGAACGCAGUUCACUUUCUGAACGCACGCAGGAGAUUUUGCGUACCAUGCUUUCCGGCAUACUCAAAGAUCCUUUGCCGGCCAAUGGUUCGAAAGUGUGCAGUGCUGAGAAGACACUGAAACAUCUCGCUGAGAAUUAUUACGCAAAAAUAUCGGACGAUACUACGAAUGGCGAUAAUUGGCCAUUAGCACUGCGCACAAUGCAAUCUGAAUCUGACCAUUUGGGGUUAACACCACGAGAUGAUUGUAAGCUUGCAUUGAAGGCGCUUGGUCAAUGCAUUAUGUACUUGCAGCGUUGUCAACUCGAAGAAAAAGUACUGCCUAUGGCCCGCUACCACCUCUAUACGCCGCCGGAUAUGUUAAAUGAAUCGGUGCGUAUGGCAAAGCCGCAGUCGGGCCAGCAACAAUCUGUACGCCGUCGCCAUAUGGUUAUCGAUGCGACAACACUGGCUAAUCUGCGUAUCACAGGGGAAGAGUACUCACUACAAGCUACGCUGGAUAAUUGUUGCACAAAAUUCGGCAAACGCUUGCUACAUCAUUGGAUCUGCUCGCCCAGCUGCGAGCUGAAUGUAAUUGUGGCCCGUCAGCAAGCUAUAACUGAAUUGAUCGAGCAUUCUGUAGAAUUGCAGGAGUUGCGCGCUUUGCUGGCGCCAAUGCCAGAUUUUGAGCGGCAUUUAGCGCAGAUACAUUUGUUCGGCAAUAAGCGUAUCUCACAAGAUCAUCCCGAUGGACGUGCCAUACUCUUUGAGGAGAAGUUGUAUAAUAAAAAGAAAAUACAGAACUUCAUUGGCAUAUUGAAGGGAUUUACGGCGCUGAUGGACGUACCAAUCCUUUUAAGCGGUUUUGAAUCACCACUCAUGAAGCGUUUGACCCAACUGCAGCCAACCGGAUGCUUCCCAGAUAUGGCAAAACAAUUGGAAUUUUUCAAAAACGCUUUCGAUCAUGAGGCAGGCUCCAAGACUGGUGUAAUUGCGCCGGAACAGGGUGUGGAUGCAGAUUACGAUGAAGUAUUAGAGAAAAUCAAAAGCAUAAAUGCCACAUUUAAAGAUUACCUAAUUGAGCAAGAAAAAUUUUUCGGUUGUCGUCUAACACCUGGUGGCGAGAAAAAUCGCUUCCAGCUGGAGGUGCCUGAAAAUGCGGCUAGGAAGGCAGGCAAAGCCUACCAAUUGGAGGGUCAACGGAAAGGUAAUAAACCAGUACGACGCUUCUCGACGAAUGAAACACGCACACUCGUCAAGCAAAUGCAACACGCUGAAGUUGAACGUGAUGCCAUACUAAAAGAUUUAGCCAGACGAAUAUUUGAGAAAUUCUCCAAACAUUAUGAACUCUGGAAGCAAUGUGUUGAUUGUGUAGCUAAUCUGGAUGUCUUAGGCUCAUUGGCAGAGUAUGCACGCGCUCAGCAAGUAAUUUGUGUGCCAGAAUUGCAGGAGCAAACUGCCGAGCAGCAUCCAUUUAUCGACAUUGCAGAGGGCUAUCAUCCAUGUGCCCCGGCUGAUACAUUCAUACCAAAUGGGCUCACUCUGGGCACGGACGAAACGCCAGCACCGCUUUCCAUACUUACGGGCCCCAACAUGGGUGGUAAGAGUACGCUAAUGCGGCAAGUUGGCUUGCUGGUGGUGAUGGCACAAAUUGGGGCGCAUGUGCCGGCCCAACGUUGCCGCAUCACGCUGGUCGAUCGUAUAUUUACGCGUUUGGGUGCACAGGAUGACAUUAUGGCAGGGCAGAGCACAUUCUUGGUAGAGUUGAAUGAAACAUCACUUAUUUUGAAGCAUGCUACCGUUAACAGUCUAGUGUUGCUUGAUGAACUAGGUCGUGGUACUGCUACUUACGAUGGCACUGCCAUAGCAGCCUCAGUGGUCAACUAUUUAGCUGAUUUGAAAUGUCGUACGCUUUUCUCCACACACUAUCACAAUCUAAUCGAGUAUUUCCACAAAGAUGCGCGCAUCACAUUGGGUCAUAUGGCUUGUAUGGUUGAAAAUGAGGACAACGAAGAUCCAACUCAAGAAACGGUUACCUUCCUAUAUAAGUAUACUGCUGGGGCUUGCCCCAAAUCGUAUGGUUUCAAUGCAGCUAAGCUGGCUGGUAUGCCGCAGCCGAUUAUAAAGCGCGCUUAUGAGCUUUCUAAACGCGUGGAGGCUAUCGCUUUGCGCCGUAAGGUCAUGUCGAAGGUUGUUGCUGGCGCAGGCGAUAAAUGCAAUGAUAUAAAGGAAAUCAAGAAUUUACUUUUGCAGCUACAGGCUUGUCGCGUUUAAGUAAUUUACUUAGGUAAUUUACGCAGAAUUCGUUUUUUGUUGUUAUCUUUUGACUCGUCUUAAUUCAUGUAUACGAUUAUUUAAAAAAUACAUACAUACAUUAUUUACUCUAUUAUAUUAACGAUCUAAGUGAAA